UUUUUGAGAAUAUAAGGGGACCGAGCACUCUCAAUCCUGACCAGUAUUAAAUUUUUGUUCUGACCAUUUUUAAAUUUUUUCUUCAGUUUGCCUAGGUUUGUUCCUCUGUAUGGCAUGUUUUUCACUUUUACUGCUCCAAUUCUGGUUUUUGUCUAUAGUAAUUGCCUGUUGGCGAUAUUUUCGAGAUAAACAAACAUCCUUUAUUCAAAACAACAACAGGGUUAAUACUUGUAUUAUUCUUCACCCAAUUAAUCAAAUUGAGGUUUGGAGAGAUUUUUUUCUUCGAAAAAUGAUCGAAAUUUCAUUUUUAGGAUGAGAAAGUGGUUGUAGAUAUUUUUGAAUGAGGAAAGAAAUGAUUAUUCGAUAUUUUGAAACUUUUUAGUCUUCUGACCCUUUUGACACAUUUAUUGUAGAUAUGACACUUUUGAAACUUGUUGGGGGAUGUGACUAUUUUUAGACAUUUUGGACUCUGGGUAUUCUGAGAAAUUAGGGGGUAUGACCAUUUUGAGGCUUUUUUGGGGGGUUAAGAUUUUGAGACUUAUGGAGUCUGACUAUUUUAAUUUCCAGGCUAUAGAUAAUUUUUUUAUAAAAUUUAGGGGUACUUGUGUAGUUCCCCCUUCCAUACAAUAAAUAAAAACGAAAAUGUUGACC